AUGGCUUACGGAGGAGGAGGAGGAGGACGUGGAGGGGGAAGAGGAAGAGGAGGGAGAGGAGAAGGAGAGGCUUCGGCAAAGUUUACUUGUCGGACGUGUGCCAGGCGGUUUUCCCGGCGGGGCAAUUGGAUGAGACAUGUUCAGACACAGCAUGCCGAGAGGGAGAGGUCUCCGUUUAAUUGCUGCGCGUGCGCCAGGACAUUUUCCCGGUGGGACGCGUGGCUGCGUCAUGAAGAGGAGGAGGAGGAGGAGGAGGAGGAGGAGGGAGGACUAGCGAGGUUGACGUGCCCGACCUGCGGGCUGACGAUUUCCCGCCUGAGCCAUUUGGUCCGGCACCAGCAGCGACAUGAAAAACAGGAGCGUGUGUACAUAUGCGAAGGGUGUGACAAGACGUUUUACCGGUUAUGGCAUUGGCCCAUCCAUCGACGUGCUGAACACGGAAAGGAAAGUCACACACCCACCCACACAUCGUUUGAAUCAGCAAUACCAUUUGUGAGAGAGAAUUUCAUGGGGAAUAACUCUGGGCCGCUUGUUGACACGGCUAUAGACGGGGACCAGUCUUUGGCGCUAUAUGGUUCAUCUAAGCCCACAUGUUUAAACGGGAUGUGA